ACUCCAUUCCAACUCUCUGUCUAUUGAUGUGACAAAAAAAGAAGACAGUAACUCUCUGUUUUUUUUCUUGAAAUAUAACAAAAAAAUUAGAUCUCUGCCUCUCAAACCACAGCACUAAGAAACCGCCAAAAAUGACGGAGAAAGAAUGUGAGCAUCACCACGACGAGGAUGAGAAGAUGCGCAGACGCAUAGGAGCGGCGGUGCUUGGCUUGCUUGCAGCUGGCCUUUUUGUUGUUUUCUUGGUGUGGGCCAUUCUUCACCCCCACGGACCGCGUUUUGUUCUUCAAGACGCAACAAUUUACGCGUUUAACAUCUCUGAGCCCAAUUUUCUAACCUCCAAUCUCCAGGUCACUCUCUCUUCUCGAAAUCCUAAUGAUAAGAUCGGAAUCUUCUAUGACCGCCUUGACAUUUACGCCUCCUAUCGCAACCAGCAGGUGACGUUGGCAACUUUACUGCCGGCGACUUACCAAGGUCACCUUGAUGUGACGGUAUGGUCGCCGUUUCUCUACGGAACAUCCGUGCCGGUGGCCCCAUACUUUUCGCCUGCUUUAAGCCAAGAUCUAACGGCAGGGAUGGUGCUUCUGAACAUCAAGAUCGACGGUUGGGUUCGAUGGAAAGUAGGAACGUGGAUCUCCGGAAGGUACCGCCUACACGUCAAUUGUCCAGCUUACAUUACUCUUGCCGGUCAUUUUUCCGGUGAAGGUCCAGCUGUUAAGUACCAGCUUGUCCAGCGAUGUGGUGUUGACGUUUAAGCAAAGGGAUGAUCAUUAUUCUUUACAAAGACUAGAGUCUAGACUACGAUUUCUGUGCUUUUAUUGCUUUAGUUAACUGGAAAUUCUUAUUAAUGUUUUGUACUGCGUUUUUAUGAUUGAGAUUUAUGGUUAACCUAAUAAUUACUAGGUCCA